AUGAAAUCUGCUGAGCAGAUGCGGCAGCAGGCCCACAUCCAGGUGGUCAGUAAAAAUCUCUACAGCCAGGACACCAAACACACUCCACUGGCCUAUGGAGUGUUGGACCACCGUAUGGGCACCAGUGAGAAAGACAGACCGUGCCUGACAUGUGGGAAGAAUCUGGCAGAUUGUUUAGGACAUUAUGGCUACCUGGAUCUUGAGCUGCCCUGUUUUCAUGUUGGUUAUUUCAAAGCCACGAUAGGAAUCUUACAGAUGAUUUGUAAGACAUGUUCAAGGAUGAUGCUGACGAAAGAAGAGAAGCUGCAGUUCAUGGAUUACUUGAAACGGCCUAACCUGGCCUAUCUCCAGAAACGUGGGCUGAAGAAGAAAAUCUCUGAUAAAUGCCGCAAAAGGACAGUCUGUCUAAAUUGUUCUGCUUUCAAUGGACCAGUCAAAAAGUGUGGCCUACUUAAGAUCAUCCAUGAGAAGUAUAAAAAAGAAAACCUGAAUCCUCUAGUCGUGCUGAACCUGUUCAGGAGGAUUCCUGAAGAGGACAUCCCUCUGCUGCUGAUGAACCCCGAAGCAGGGAAACCCGCAGACCUUAUCAUCACCCGUCUCCUCGUGCCUCCUCUUUGCAUCCGACCGUCUGUUGUCAGCGACCUUAAGUCUGGCACCAAUGAAGACGACCUCACUAUGAAGCUAACAGAGAUAAUCUUCCUUAAUGAUGUCAUUAAAAAGAGUGAGAAUUCCCCUCAUCCAUAGGGCACAAGGGUCACUGAAGAAUAUGAAAAUGGUGUGAAUCACACGUGUGCAGUCACAACAUUUCAAUCCAAAUGAUGUAAAAUUGCAGAGAGACUAGGGCUGCACGAUUUUUUUGCUUAGAAUUGAGAUCACGAUUCUCUCACGAUUUUCUUUUCCAGUAUAAAUAUUUAUUGCACUUAUUAACUGCACAUCA